AUGCGCAGCAUAUUACAUAUCUACGAAUACCCCUCUCGGUCAAUGGCGCUUCUCAAGAGAAUCCAAGCUACCUAUCAUGACCAGAAACUCCCCGCUGAGAGAUCCCAUGUGCCCCUCCGAGUGCUAGUCGUCGGGGCAGGGCUGGGGGGUUUGAGCACUGCCAUAUCUCUGGCUCGCCGCGGACAUACCGUGACUGUCCUUGAGCAAGCUGCACAGCUAGGCGAAGUCGGCGCAGGCAUUCAAAUCCCACCCAAUUCUGGCCGGCUGCUCUCCUCUUGGGGUAUCACCCCGUUCUUCAAGAACAAGGUGGUACAGCCGGACAGCAUGACCUUCCGUCGAUGGGUGAAUGGAACCCCUAUAGGCUUCACGCCGCUCGUCCCCCACUUCUCCGAUACGUAUGGUGCACCAUACUAUGUCAUCCACCGAUCACACUUCCACGGUGCCCUGUGUGAUUUAGCGGCCAAGCUCGGGGUCAAGGUGGUGACGAACAGCAGGGUAGUGCGGUAUGAUGAGAACAAGCCCUCUGUUGAGACAGCGGAUGGGAGGGAGUUCACUGCCGACCUGGUUGUGGCCGUUGACGGCGUCAAAUCCAUCGCUCGCCCUGUUGUUCUCGGUGGAGUGGACAGGCCCCCUCAACAAACAGGAUUCGCGGCAUACAGAGCAGUCGUUGACACUGAUUUGAUGAAAGCUGACCCAGAUACCGCUUGGCUACUGGAAAACCCGGGAAUUAACAUUUGGAUCGGAGAGGACAGGCAUGUAAUGACUUACUGCAUCGCUGGAGGAAAGUCGUUCAACAUGGUUCUGUCUCAUGUUGACCGCACUGACCCGGCAACCUGGGCUUCUCGAGAUGCUGUAAAGGAGAUGCGAGUUCAGUUUGAGAACUGGGAUCCUAGACUGACGAAGGUGAUUCACAUGAUCACCAAAACGAUCCAAUGGCCACUGCUGAGCGGCGCCCAGCUCUCAACCUGGAUCUCCGAAAGCAAAAAGGUCGUCAUACUUGGCGACGCCGCCCAUGCAAUGGUUCCGUACAUGUCCCAAGGUGCUGCUAUGGCAGUCGAGGAUGGGGCCGCAUUAGCCGAGGUCCUUUCACUAAUCAAGUCCCCGAGUGAGAUUCCCGAAGCCCUCCACGUAUUCGAGAAGGAGAGGAUGCAACGCAGCUACGGCAUGCAGCGUGCCAGCCUCGUCAACGGGAAGCUCUGGCACUUCCCCGAUGGGCCGGACCAGCAAGCCCGCGAUCUGGGGAUGCGCGCCGAGGUUGAAGGUCUGUCAUUUGUCGAAAGCACCAAUCAGUGGAGUGAUCCGACCACGCAGCUUUGGGCCUAUGGCUAUGAUGCGGAAGAGGAGGUGAGAAAGGCAUGGGAAUCAAGGACCCCUCAGGCUACUGCCAAUGGUGUUCACAAUUAG